GCUGCCCGGCUCGUCACGCUGCUGGCGGGCUCCGGGCGCCCUGGCGGCCACCAUGCUCAGCGUCGUGCACUUCCUCCGGAGCUUCUUCAAGACUCCAGAGCCAGGUGCACACCUGCCAGGCGAAGGUGAGAUUGAAGAUAACCAGCUCCCCGCAUCCCCUGCGGAACAAGUGGAGCAGGGAUGGAGCCAGCAAACAGACCGCGAUGAUUCUGAGACGCUGUCCCAGCAGAGUGAAAGUCAAUCAGACACAAAAACUGACCCCUUUGAAAGUGCCUCUGACACAGAGUCCUUGUCUGGGGACCUCCCAAGGGGAGACUUCCACCCUCUAAGAGGUACCCCUGGAGACAUAGAAGCGCCUUGGGAAUACCCUGAUGUCUCAGCAACUGGAACCCCUCAGGAGCAGCAUUUGACCUGUGUUCCUGGGCUUUGUGCAAAGGAAGAACUCGAUUUGUCCCCUGGCUUAAAGGAAGACUCUUGCAAAAAUGGGUUGCGAGCCUUUGCUGCAGUCGCUGGAGAAGAAGAGGCAGGACACCUCUGGGACUGCAUGACCAGCCUGGAGCGAAAGUCUCUGCUGCCAGUGGCUCCCCAACACACAGGAUGCUGCUUACAGAGGGCCACAGACAGCAGUGAUCCUGAGCCAGCACAGGGGGUGGCUGUUCAAGACCUCAGAGGGCUCUCUGGUGUUUCUCUUCAGAAAUCCAGGUCUGAGAGCUAUCUGGGCAUCCCAGUGGUCUGGCCCUUCCUUCUCUGGUGCUGUGAACUGGGUCGGAGUUGGCCACAUAUCCACAACAAGGCCAGGGUACCGGUGCUACCUAGCAGAGGCCCACUGGACAUCGCAGCCCCUCUGGGGACCAGGACACAGAAGGAAAGUACUCUAGGCCCUUCAGGGGAGACAGAAUUGCUCUGGUCCCAGCCGCACUUUGAUGUCCCCAGCCAGCCUCCUUUGAGGACAUCUUGCCUCCUACACACCAAGCGUCACCAUAGUGCCCCAGGAACUAUUGGUGACAAGAAGAGAGCAUCCCCCAGACACUACUGUGGGCACACGAGGGCACUGGUCAGGGCCUGUUCCAUAGCAGGGCUUUCCUUAGGGUGCCCUGAGGAUCCCGUGGGACAGAAUGUUGUGAAAUCUGGGAUCCAUGUGAAGGAAGGGGGAGAAAAUGAACGAGAUCCAAGAACACAAAACACCCUUUCCCCUGCACCCACCCCGCUGUCUGGCCUGCUUCCUGCUUCUCAAAGUGGGGCUCCUUAUCUGCAGGGUCCCUGCAAGCCUAGUGGGUUUCACUUGCAAAGGGCUUCUCAGCACACUCCCUCUGAAGGUCUCCUGCGGGAAAACCAGUUAGGACAGGAUUCCAGGUCAUGCCUGGUGGCUUCAUGCCUCACUUCGGAGUUAGUGAAGCUCAAUGUGGAGGAAGUGCCUGGACCCGCUGAGUGCAAGUCGGAGCAAAGCCCCGAAAGCAGAACCCAGGAACCCCAAGGCACCCAACUCACACCAAGAGCUGCUGAUGAGAGAGAGAAGCAGAAGCACCUUCGGGGCAUUUCUGUAGAGGCAGGAAACCACACCAGUAAUUACACAUCAAAGUAUGUGCUCAGAGGGGAACGCAAGCCACCUACUAGGGCCAAGUUCCCACGGCAGCCUAGCAGUGAGGGGACCCAGGUGUGGAGUGGAGACCUGAUGGGCUGCUCGGAAGUGAGUCACAGUUCAGAUGCCCCAGAGACCACCCAGACGUCAAGUGCAAUAGACACUUCAAAGGCAGCCGAAGAGGCCACGGUUCUAGACCCCAACUACAGGGAACAGGCCUUGCAAGGUCUUUCAGAAUUCAGGGCAGCCACGGUGUCCCACUGCAGCCCUGGGGCUGAGGGGGCUGAACAGGGGGCUGGGGGUCCUCGGGGCCGGCAGCUGGAGCCCAAAGCAGGCAGCGAGGCCUCCCGGGGCAGGGGUGCUCUCAUCAUUGUAUCUGUGGAGCAGAAAGGUCUUCAGGCCACCAGGAGGAAUGCGGGGCCCCUUCUAGAAACACUGCCCCGUGACUUUCCUGAGGAAAGACCCGGAUCUCCCCUGAGAACUGGCGAAACCCCCUGUAAGUCUCCCACGGCGAGGAAAACAGCCGGUGGCGAUGAGUGUGAGCUGCCAGCAGCCCCCACACAGGGAGCUGGCGAGGGGGCUCUUCAGCCGGUGGCCCCGGCAGCAGAGCUUGGGAGGGUGCUGGUCCCCCAAGGUGCUUCGGGUGGGACGCCAAGCACAGAGGAGCCCCCGCGGGAGACACUGCGUGGGGACCGUCAGAGCCCCGGGCGGGGGGCCUGCGGCGCGGGGGAGGCCCUGGAGGGCGGCGCUGCAGCAGCCCCCGCGCUCCCGCCGUCCCCGCCGCCUUGUGGGCUCCUCAGGGCGCAGGAGCCGGGGAAGCGCAGGACGUUUUCCAAGGUGACCUCCUUCAGGAGGAGCAGGCCCUUGGCGGCUCAGAGCCUGGGAGGGGUCCCGGCCCCGACCGCCCAGGGCCGCAGGGGGCGCUCUUCGGGCCCGGAGGGGGUCCCCGCGGAGAGUCCGCCCGCCGUGGCCCGGCCCGAGCUCGCCCCGCAGGCGGCAGGCGACGGCACCGCGGGCCCGGCAGGAGCUGGGCGCACGGGGACCACAGCGGGCGCCGGCAGCCCGGGGCCCUUCUCUGAGAGCUGCAACACAAGGAGACUCAGAACAACGGAGAAGAAGCUCAGGGCAAGGCUGGCCUUGGCUCAUAAGACCUUUUCUAACUUCUUUGAGUCCAGAGUUUUAGAGAAAGAGAACACCCGUGAGCGUUCCCCGGGUUCUCCCAAGGGCGAGAAGGAGAAGGGCAGGACGCGCCAGGGUUCCUGGCGGGCGUUUCUGAAAAGCAAAGACGCCGAAAGCCCCAAGAAGCCCGCCCUCGGGAGUCCGCUGCCAGGACCCGAAAUUCUUUCCCCAGCGGAGACCGACGGCCACGGUGAGGACCGGGCCGAGGACAAAGAAGGCUAUGUUUUCAGGGAUCACUGGGCGCCCUCGCUGGCCCCCACACCUUUGUCCGCCAGCAGCUUAGUUCCUCCGGAGCACAGGCGGAAAAGUGAGCCGACCAUCAAGUGCACGGCCGCCCAGGAAGGCGGUGGGUACCUGCCUUCAGGGAUCUUUCCUGAAAAGUCCUGGCUGGCGCCCCCCGGCAGUCCUCGGGCCCAGCGGGCUGGAAUCGCGCACACCGUGCCCUCCAGCUCUGCCUGCUGCCUGGCCUAUGAGAGCCCCGGCACGCCCUGCAGACCCACCAGCCCCAAGCCCCUGAGUCCCAGGCCUAGUGCUCAGCGGGCGGAUCUCCACUACCCCGGGAGGGGUGGCGCCAUCUCCAUGGUUUCUCUUGGAAGCUGCAGCUACUUGGACAGCAGUUCAGAGGACCCUGAAAGACCCAAGAUUCCCAAGGCCCGGACCAGCCUCCUGCUUUCUCUGCAGACGCUAAACCAGGAUGAGCAGAAGCAAGGGAACAGGGAAGGAGGCCCGCGUACGCGCGGCCUGGGCGCACCGCCCUGGCUCAGGAGCCUUCCUGGGAGCGAGAACCACAUGCCCUGGGAGGAACCACCAGGUGAGAAGCUCGGUUGCUCUCACAGUCAGAAGGCUUUCCACAUGGAGCCAGCCCAGAAGCCUUGCUUCACCACUGAGAUGGUGACAUGGGCCCUCCUCUGCAUCUCUCCAGAGGCUGUCCCCAGGGAGGCUCCUUCACAUCCUAGGGGCCUCCCUCACCGCUCACCUGUCAGUGUGGAUGACUUGUGGCUGGAGAAGACACAGAGAAAGAAGUUGCAGAAGCAGUCCCACGUUGAAAGGAGGCUGCACAUAGGGACGGUGCACAACGAUGGAGCCAAGUGCUGCAGAAAGAUGAUCAUUACCUCUCCAGAGGCUUUUAAUCUCCCUAGAAGAAGCCGUCCACUCUCGCAGAGUGCUCCAACAGGACUGAACCAUGUGAGCUGGCCAGAGCACACACCUGACACUGCCAUGCCUGAUGGAGCUCUGGACACAGCUGUCCGCGCUGAUGAAGUGGGGAGCGAGGAGGACCUGUAUGAGGACCUGCGCGGCUCCAGCCACCACUACAGCCACUCUGGAGGGGGUGGUGAGCAGCUGGCUAUCAAUGAGCUCAUCAGCGAUGGCAGUGUGGUCUGCGCUGAAGCACUCUGGGACCAUGUUACCAUGGACGACCAGGAGCUGGGCUUCAAAGCUGGAGAUGUCAUCGAAGUGAUGGAUGCCACCAACAGAGAGUGGUGGUGGGGCCGGGUCGCCGACGGCGAGGGAUGGUUUCCAGCCAGCUUCGUUCGGCUGCGGGUGAACCAGGACGAGCCCGCGGACGACGAGGCCCCUCGGGCCGGGGACCGCGGGGCGGAGGACGGCGGGGCGGAGGCGCAGAGCAGCAAGGACCAGAUGCGGACCAACGUCAUCAACGAAAUCCUCAGCACCGAGCGGGACUACAUCAAGCACCUGCGCGACAUCUGCGAGGGCUACGUCCGGCAGUGCCGCAAGCGCGCAGACAUGUUCAGCGAGGAGCAGCUGCGCACCAUCUUCGGGAACAUCGAGGACAUCUACCGCUGCCAGAAGGCCUUCGUGAAGGCCCUGGAGCAGAGGUUCAACCGCGAGCGCCCGCACCUGAGCGAGCUGGGCGCCUGCUUCCUGGAGCAUCAAGCCGACUUCCAGAUCUACUCCGAGUACUGCAAUAACCACCCCAACGCCUGCGUGGAGCUCUCCCGGCUCACCAAGCUCAGCAAGUAUGUGUACUUCUUCGAGGCCUGCCGGCUGCUGCAGAAGAUGAUUGACAUCUCCCUGGAUGGCUUCCUGCUGACCCCGGUGCAGAAGAUUUGCAAGUACCCUCUGCAGCUGGCCGAGCUGCUCAAAUACACGCACCCCCAGCACAGGGACUUCAAGGACGUUGAAGCUGCCUUGCAUGCCAUGAAGAACGUGGCCCAGCUCAUCAAUGAGCGGAAGCGGAGACUUGAAAACAUUGACAAGAUUGCUCAGUGGCAGAGCUCCAUCGAGGACUGGGAGGGGGAAGAUCUCUUGGUCAGGAGCUCAGAACUCAUCUACUCGGGGGAGCUGACUCGAGUUACACAGCCUCAAGCCAGGAGCCAGCAGAGAAUGUUCUUUCUCUUUGACCACCAGCUCAUCUACUGUAAGAAGGACCUGCUCCGCCGGGACGUGCUGUACUACAAGGGCCGGCUGGACAUGGACGGGCUGGAGGUGGUGGACCUGGAGGACGGGAAGGACAGAGACCUCCAUGUGAGCAUCAAGAAUGCCUUCCGGCUGCACUGUGGCACCACAGGGGACAGCCACCUGCUGUGCACCAGGAAGCCGGAGCAGAAGCAGCGCUGGCUCAAGGCCUUUGCCAGGGAGCGGGAGCAGGUGCGGCUGGACCAGGAGACAGGCUUCUCCAUCACGGAACUGCAGAGGAAGCAGGCCAUGCUGAACGCCAGCAAGCAGCAGGUCACAGGGAAGCCCAAAGCCGUUGGCCGGCCCUGCUACCUGACACGCCAGAAGCACCCAGCUCUGCCCAGCAGCCGGCCCCAGCAGCAGGUCCUGGUGCUGGCGGAGCCCAGGCGGAAGCCAUCCACCUUCUGGCACAGCAUCAGCCGGCUGGCACCCUUCCGCAAGUGAACUGGUGCCUGCCUGAUGGGACCUGCCGGGCCUUCCUGCCAGAGGACCCCCGUUUUUCUUCCCCCCGGCCCAAUCUGCCUGGCCUUCCUCUACCUGGAAGUGAGCAUGGCUGGGCUGGGGAGUUGCUUGUGCCACCAGGACAUGCCAGGUCUGUACUCCUGUUGUUUUCCCCUGCUUCUGUUGCCGUGAAGAGAACAGCAAGGGGACAGACCCUGUACGCCAAUGCCCCCUUGCAGCUUGGGCCCCGUCUGCCCUGUGGACCUGUAUAGGGAAUCACUGCUGGAGCGGGAAACUGCAGCUCAGCCCAGGCCUGUGAGAGAAGGCACUGCCUGUCCGGGACCCUCUUCUCUGGAAACCUAGUCCUCCCUCUUCUCGUCUCUUCUGAGCAGGACUCUCUGGCCUUCUGCGGCCUGCAAUGCCAGGCCACCAUGGGCCCCUCUGCCCUCUAGAUCUCCUUCCAAGUCCCCAGCCUGGCCAGUGGUGCCACUUGGGAGGGCAGGAACUAGGAAUUCCAUACCCUGUUGUGCCCAGAGCCUGCCCUUCGCCUCCCAGCCCCCCUAGACACCUGGCUGCCAGAGACCCUCUUCACUUGUGUGUGUAGUGGACAGGACAGGACAAUGCAGUCCGCUGCGCACUCCCCAUCGGGCUGUGUUGCCAGUCUGCCUGUGGCUUUGCGGUGGCUCCAGAACCACCUCAUUCCUGGUUUUGUUUGGAUUUUGUCAUCUUGUUUUUCUACCAAUGGAGAAAAAGAAUUGAUUUGUUAGUGACACAGAAGAUUGCCUUACCCUUGUGAGCGUGAGAAGCCAUAAGGACUGAAUUCUGGGGCUCCGCAUGUAGGACUGACCCACAGCCCAGGCGGCGUGUGUGUGGAGAGGGUGCCUCGUCCCGCCGAGGGGCGCCAGGAGCAGAGCCAGGGCCUGGCAGGAUUCAGCAGCAUGGACACUCUUGCACUGUUCCUUCUCCAAGCCAGAAACCACAUUUAAUUUCAUAAAGAAAUUUAUGAAAACUAACCUGGCUGCUAGCCAGUUUUCUGUCAGUGUGCGUGCAUUUUCUGUGGGCUGCUAACCAUGACUACCCUAGGCCUUUCCCUAAAAAGGAGGAAUGAGUCCAGCAGCUUCUAAAAGUGGGGCGGGGCUCACGUGUGGCAGCUCACACCCUCUGGGCUUUGGUGGAGACAGGCUAAGGUGGGGUUGGCUGCUGAGGGGAAGGUGGGCAGGGCCAGGCCACGCUGGUGGGAAAUACAGGUGGCUCUGCCCUCCCUCGCACUCAAUGCGCAGAAGCCCACUGCCUCCCUGUGUUUAAUUGAAGCUGGCCCACAUGAGUUUGGUGGGUGAAUAGCUGGCCAUGUUUCCGGGGCUCAGCAUGCUUGGUGAAAUGAGGAAGAAUGUGUCUUCCCAGGAGGACCCUGGCCACAGAAGCCAGAGGGGAGCACGGGGCUGCUUCCCUCCCUGUCCCACUUGGGUAAACGGUCUCCUGCAACCUGCUGCCUCCACCAUACUCUUCAGCACUGCCAAGGUCACUGGGGCUGGAAGCCAUGGUGGCCUUCUUCUCAAAACCCCUGGCAACCUCCUAACUUGAGAGAAGCUCCAGCAACUCCCAGGCAGGUAAUGCUACCUCUAGACAAAACGCACAUGGAGAAAUCAAGAAAACCACAAUAUGCAACACAAGUCAAUCUUUAUUGAAAACUGCAGUAUUAAUACAUAACAAUUCUUGUUACAAUAAACGUGCUUUUGAGAUUUUUAAAUCUGAGCUCAUCUACUCAUCAGAUUGCGUAAAAAAUUAAAACCAUAUGAACUGACACCUAAUUGAACUGGCUCAGGAUGGAAGUUCCGUUCCUUGGUGUGGAUACGUAAGUUCAAUGCAGAGGUGAGGGACGCCUUUAACACUGGAAGACAAUGCUGACUUAGCUUAAAAAAAGUACCAAGAGAACGGUGUAAAAAACUGUAUUUAAAAAUCAUUUU